UCUCUCUCUCUCUCUCUCUCUCUAAAAACUACCAAUAACGGAAACCAAAGCAAAUAAAACUUACUCGGUUUCGUUCUGUUGAAGAAAACAGAGUGGAAUGGUGUCUGAGAGAGCUCUGCCUCUUCCGAGUUCAAUAUCGUUGGAUGGCUCAUCGUAAUUCCAGAUCCUAAAAUCUCUCCCCCUCCCCCGCCCAUCUCUCUAGAAUCUCCCCGUUGCUCGUCUGUCAUAACCCACAUUUGAAUUCCCCAAAAGGGUAAAUAUUUUCAAUUCAAAGUUAUAGUCUUGGAUGGCUUUCGUUGGAAUUUACCUACCUUUUCUAUUUAUGGAAUUAACCACAUUGGCCCCAGAAAUUUUCGCUACUUAGUCACCCUCGCUCUGUUGUUCCUUUUCCGCCAUUUGAUUCCGUUCUGCAUUGCCUGAUUCCCCAAUUCACAUUCUUUCUGCAGGUUUGAUUCCUUCUCUCUCUCUCUCUCUCUCUCUCUCUCUCUCUCUCUCUAAUUCCCACUGGAUAAAAAGCAUUGGCCUUUUUUGAGAAAAAGUUUCCUGCUUGGGCUUGAUUGUGAUUGAACGACUUGUUUUCGAUCUGGGUUUUUGUAAUUUGUGAAUUUGGCAUUGGGGGAUUCUUAAUAUCAACUGGUAGUGUGGAGAAAUCCCCUCAUUGGGUUGUUGGCAUUGGUGGAGUUUUCUUGAAUUUGGGGAUCUGUGUUCUUUUGUGAGUUAUACUUUUAUUGUUCUCGGUAGGUAUUCGUUUAGAACCGUCGAUUCGGAGAUCUGGAUUCUCUGCCAUUUCCCUUGGUUUGUAGAAAAUUGAGUUGAACUGCUGGUUGUGCAUUUCGUAUUCAAGAACUAAUCUGAAGGGUGCAUUCAUUAUAUAGAAGUUGUUGAUUGGAGAAAUUAAGUUUUUGAUCAGUUGAAAGUGGUGAUGCAAUGCUGAUCGGAUUACAUGCUUUCGCUGCAAAAAUCUCGGCCUGAGAAAUGGUGUUUUGCACUGGGAAAUAGAUGAAUUUUGCAGUAUUCUUGUUGGAAUAAGGGACUGUGAAGUAGAAUAAUGGGCUGCAUUUGCUCAAAAGGAAGGUCAGCCAAUCAGUAUGUUUCUGAGAAUCAUCGUAGAGACAAAGAACAAAAAUCAAACAAGUCUUCAAAAGGGUCAGAAGCUGCAGUUGGGGCUGAUGCAACUGCGCGGUUGAUAACCAAUCCCCGCACAGAAGACAAUGCAGGGUCAACUCCUAUUUCAUCGGAUGAAGGGGAGAAGAAGAUGGUGGUUGCUGAGAAUCCCACAAAACCCUUCAUGGAGGGUGGGGCAAGUGGGGGAAAGUUACCGUCUGGGCUGACUAGGAUAACCAGCGUAACAAAUGGAGAAAGAGGUGCACAAGUUAUUGCUGGAUGGCCUUCUUGGCUGACUGCAGUGGCAGGUGAAGCGAUUAGUGGAUGGGUGCCUCUCAAGGCAGACUCAUUUGAGAAAUUAGAAAAGAUUGGACAAGGAACUUACAGCAGUGUGUACAGAGCCCGUGAUCUUGAUUCAAACAAAAUAGUUGCACUGAAGAAGGUGCGAUUUGCCAAUAUGGAUCCAGAAAGUGUGCGUUUUAUGGCGAGAGAAAUUCUUAUUUUGCGUAGGCUUGAUCACCCCAAUAUCAUGAAGCUUGAAGGUCUGAUUACAUCAAGGGUUUCGGGCAGCUUAUACCUUGUCUUUGAGUACAUGGAGCAUGAUCUUGCAGGGAUUGCAGCACGACCUGGGGUCAAAUUCACUGAAGCACAGAUUAAGUGUUACAUGCAACAGCUUCUCCGUGGACUUGAGCAUUGUUACAGUCAUGGUAUCUUGCACCGUGACAUCAAGGGAUCAAAUCUUUUGAUCGACCAUUAUGGCAACCUCAAGAUUGCUGACUUUGGGCUAGCAACCUUUUACCGACCCCGCCAAAAGCAGCCCCUGACAAGUCGGGUAGUAACCUUGUGGUACCGACCACCUGAACUUCUGCUUGGCUCUACGGACUAUGGGGUUGCUGUGGAUUUGUGGAGUGCUGGUUGUAUUCUUGCAGAAUUAUUUGCUGGGAAGCCUAUCAUGCCAGGAAGAACAGAGGUGGAGCAACUACAUAAGAUAUUCAAACUUUGUGGCUCACCUUCUGAAGAAUACUGGAAGAGAUCAAAAUUGCCACAUGCAACUAUUUUUAAACCAGCACAUCCCUACAAGCGAUGCGUUGCUGAGACAUUCAAGGACUUCCCUCGAUCCGCAUUGGCCCUGUUAGAGGUUCUUCUAGAUGUAGAACCUGAAGGUCGGGGAACAGCUUCUUCUGCCCUUCAGAGUGAGUUCUUCACAUCUUUGCCUCUUCCCUGUGAUCCAUCAAGUUUGCCCAAGUACCCACCGAGCAAAGAGUUUGAUGCCAAGCUCCGAGACGAGGAAGCUAGAAGGCGAAAAGCAGCUGUUGGGAAAGGUGGGAGUUCCAAAGACUCAAAGGCUGUGCCAGCAUCAGAUGCCAAUGCAAUACAGCGACAAGGACAGGCUAACCCCAAAAGCAUCAGUGAGAAGUACAAUCCAGAAGAGGAUAGCGGCUCUGGCUUUCCUAUUGAGCCUCCCAAAGGAGCAGCACCAAAUGCCUUCUCCCAUUCUGGCCAGUCAGUGCACCCAAGUGCAUUUGGAUCUUUGCAAUCUGGCCACUCUAAGAAUGGUGCGGAGUUUAGCAGGCAGAAAUCUUACAUGUAUCGUGGAGCUGCCCAGUCCUCGAGGUUUUCUAAUUCAGCUUCAGUUCGAAAUGGUUCACGGUUUGAUGGUAAUAUAGAAAGUGCAAAUCCACAUUGGCCAGAGGAGCGGAUAAAUGGAAGAUAUAACUAUUUAGACAACGGGGAUUCCUCUGCGAAACAUGAUUGGUCCCGCCAUUUUCUGGAAAGGCCAAGGUCUUCCCAUAAGAAGGAUGAACAGCCAUCUGGGAAGGAGUCUGCAAUGGGUUAUACUAACAAGAAGAACCGGAUUCACUACUCUGGACCAUUGAUGCCCCCUGGAGGAAACAUUGAGGAGAUGCUCAAGGAGCAUGAGAAACAAAUACAACAUGCUGUCCGCAAAGCUCGCCUGGACAAGACCAAAACCAAGAAAGCUAACAGUGACAAUGGUCAAACAGAAUCUCUACUUCAGCAUGUAAGAAACGGCAGGUGAUGACAAAAGAGAGAAUUGCACUGCCUUAAUUUUGAAAGCCGGAGCUGCUCAGAUCGGCAUAAUUCUGAUACUGAAGAAAUAUUCCUUUCGAGAACUUGAUAAAUCUCAUCACGGAAAGAUAAACUGGGACGCAUGGAGCUCCUUGUGAUUAUAUCACAUCGAAUAUAUACUCGAUUUAUGAAGAUGGCGAGAGAAGAUCGUUGCUUUGGUGUUGAGAUGCUGGAGACAAGCUGAAAACCUAUCUGUUCAAUCAGCUCUAUUACAUUCCUUGUAAAGUAAAAGGUUAAGUUAUAUGAUUAGGUAGAAGGUUUUGUCAUCACAUUCACAAGUGCAUAUAAUUAAGGAUAAGCUCCGACGUGUGCAGUUUGUUUGUCGUAGAUUAAUUUUUUACAAGGUAAUAUUGUAAGCUAUUUUAAUUUAAGGAGAUGAACAUAUGAACUUGGGUGCAA